UCUUGCCAGAAUCUGCUGAAUUGGGAAAUGUUUAGUUUCCGAAGUAAUUUGUUAUCAGUUGUACUAAUUUGUUAAAAGGAUAAGAAUUAUUCCCACAGUUUAUUUGUAUUUCAACCCGGGGAGGAGGGAAAGAUUUCCAGAUUUGAGAGAACUGCAAUUGUCUGUUCAGAAUUCCUGGGUUGACAGGAAUGGCUUUUUGGAAACUCUCUCCAUCGAGCAUUGGGGAUGGAUUUACAUGUGUGAAUAAACAUAAACUGUACACAACUUCCAUAUGUGGAUCAGGCUUUGACUAAACAUCCAACCUGGAGAGGCAUGAGGACACGAGCACCCUGGAGAAACCGUGGAAAUGUGACGAUUGUGGGAAAGGAUUUAACAUUUCAUCCCGGCUGGAAAUCCUUCGACGCACUCACUCUGGGGAGAGGCCGUUCACCUGCACCGUGUGUGGGAAGGCAUUUGCUCGAUCAUCCAAUCUUUGUUCACACCAGCGAGUUCACAUUGAGGAUAAGCCAUUCAGCUGCACAACCUGUGGACAGAGCUUCAGAUCUUCAGACAUGCUCACUGAUCACGAGCGAAUUCACACAGGGCAGAAACCUUUCAGUUGUUUCGUGUGGCAAGAGAUUCUCUCAGUUGCUCACCCUCCAGUCACACCACCAUUUUCACACAAAGGAGAAUCCAUUUCGCUGCACUUCCUGCGGAAAGACAUUCAUGCAUUCAAUUGAGCUCAAACAACACCAACACACCCACACUGGUGAGAAGCCGUUCAUCUGCUCUGUGUGUGGGAGGAAAUUCUCUUGGUCAUCCCAACUGCUAACACAUCAGCAAGUUCACACUGUGGCGAGGCCAUUCCCCUGCUGUGUGUGUGGGAUGGAAUUCACUCAGUCAUCCCAUCUGCAGAGACACCAGCGAAUUCAUAAGUGACCACAUUGUUUGGAUUCUGUUGUUACUGCUGCUGUUAACCACAUCCAUGAUGAAUAAACGUGAUAUAUGUGUUUGAUAUCCUGGACAUGAUGCUGAUUUUGAGGGGUGCCCUUUUUAAAGUGUUUUCUGAAUAUUUUCCCUUAAUUCAAGAACGCUCAUCAAAAAAUUAUUUACAAUAAAAUCACAUGGUUUUACUUCAAUUCUAAAUUCCUUUUUGGUGCAGAACAUUUAAUUUGUGCCUGAUGUUUCCUCUAAUUAACACAUCUGAUGAGAAAGUGCUGAUUAAUAUGUGUUAACAACUUUUAGGGACUUGCACAUUCCAUCUAGCAGCAUCUCCAAGGUGAAACUAAAUUGUCGAGGAACAUCAAACAAUAUAGUGAAUUAUUUUACAGACACAUCAAUAAAAGCUUCAUCAAUUCACACAUAUUAAUAAAGUUUGGAAGUCGUUAAUUUCAAUCAUUUGUAACAGUAGCAGCAACAGUUUUUGAACCACAGCAAAGACUGGUCUGAGACCUGCUUCACAGGGAUAACAUCCGUCAUUGAAACUAAAAGCAAAGCCUACCUGAUGCACAACGUAAAUCCAAAAGCUAGAACACUGCAUUCCCUUGAAAGUAGCCAAUUCAUUUGUACAAAGGACAGACAGAUACUGUGCAAAUAAGCACUGGGUCAACCAUAUCACGAAAUCCAAACUGUUGUGGAAAUGGUGGAAAUCUAUGUGCAGUAUACGAUGGAAUCAAGAGGGCACUUGGUCCUACCCUCAUCAAAGUUUCCUCUGUGAAAUCGGUUGAUGGUGACGUUCUCAGUGACAGACCAAUGACCCCCUGGGCUGAACACUUAUGAGCUACACCCCCAUGAGACAGACAACCUCUCAACUCCUUGCGACAAUCUCCAGUUUCCUGUAUUGGCUGAGUUGGACAUUCAUUUCUUGAGCUGAAAUAGGCUAUCAAUUGCUGAGAAGGAUGAAAUCACAACCAAACUGUCCAAGCCCAAAAUGUCUCAUCUACCGCUGCACCUUCGUGACAACCACCUUCUCUGUUGGAAGCUGAGCAAUGAAGAGGACGUAAGGAGGCUACAAAGGGAUGUGGAUAGGUUGAAUGAGUGGGUUAAGGCCUAGAAUGGCGAUCAUUACCUGGGGGACCAGGGGAGGAAGAGCAUGCGUACAGCGCCACGGCAGCAGAACACCAGGGCGCAGAAGCAAAGGCAGUCGCCGUCAGGAGCAGGCGCAGUGUGAACGUCGGUCUCGAGAAGUGGAUCCUUUCUUUGCGUCUGUCGAAGAAAGGCUGCGGAAAAAUCCCUGUCCAGCGGAUAUUGGAAGAGAAAAUCUGCAUCAGGAAAAUCAAAACAAACCCCAUUCCUAGACAUUAGGUCUCACGAUCCAUUGGGACCUGAGGAUUUGCAAAUCUGAAGGGACUUGAUUGACCAUCUCAGCUGGAAACUAGAAGAGGCCAUUCCUGCUGUUGGAAGGGAUUGACCCAGCUGGGAAACAUGCUGACACGCCAGCGGGCUCGCAAAAGUGAAAGACUGUUCAUCUGCUCCGUGUGUGGGAAGAGCUUUAGCUGUUCAUCCAACCUGCGGGCACACCAAAUCGAUCACAUUGAAAGCCAUCUUCAACAUUCUGACUCUGGGGACAGCUUUGACUCCUCUGAGGAAAUAAUCCAAAAUCACACUGAUGAGAGGCCAUUCAGUUGCUCCCACUGUGGAAAGAGGUUUAGUCUGUCCUCCCGCCUCGGGGAGCACCAGCUCCUUCACAUUCACGAGAGACCGUUCAGUUGCUCUAAUUGUGGGGAAGUUUUCAGUGGGCCAGAGCAUCUCGCUGAGCACCAGCAAGUUCACACCAAGGAGAGGCCAUUCAGCUGUUCCCACUGUGGAAAGAGAUUCGCUCAAGCCUCCCACUGCAUUAACCACCAACUGGUUCAUUCAGCUAAGAGACCUUUUAAAUGUUCUAAAUGUGAGAAAACCUUUAAAAGAAAGAUUCAUCUUUUGAACCAUCAGACCACGCACAUCAAGGAGAGAUUGUUUUUCUGCUCUGUGUGUGAGAAGAGAUUCACUCAUCCAUUCCAUCUUCUGACACACAAACGGAUUCACACAGGGGAGAGGCCAUUCAGCUGCUCUGUGUGUGGGAAGGGAUUCACUCGGGCAUCUGACCUUUCAACACACAAACGUGUUCACACUGGGGAGAGGCCAUUUUCUUGCUCCAUAUGUGGCAAGGGAUUCACUCGUUCGACCUACCUUCUGAUGCACAAACAUGGUCACACCAAAGAGAGGCCGUUUCUGUGCUCUGUUUGUGGGAAGAAAUUCAGUCAAUAUUCUAUCCUGCUAACACACCAGCGGGUUCACACUGGAGAGAGGCCAUUCACCUGCUCUGUGUGUGGGAAGAGUUUCCCACGGAUGUGUCACCUUUUAAUACACAAGCGUGUUCACACCAGGGCAAAGCCAUAUGUUUGUGGUGUGUGCGGGAAGGGAUUUACUUACUUCCACCUCCUGCGGAAACACCGUCUUGUUCACACCAAAAAGAGGGUGUUCACCUGCUCCACAUGUGGGAGGACGUUCACUCUAUUGGCCAGAUUGAAGAUACACCAACGCAUUCAUGCUGGGGAGAAGCCAUUCACCUGCCCUGUGUGUGAAAGGAAAUUUACUCAGUUAUAUGAUCUGUUGACACACCAGCAGGUUCACAACAGGAAGAAGCUGCUCACCUGCCCUGUAUGUGGGAAGAAAUUCGCUCAGUUAUCUAAGCUCGAAUCACAUCGGCAAGUUCACACUGGGGAGAAGCCAUUCCUCUGCUCUGUGUGUGGGAAGCGUUUCCCUCGUUUGCCUUAUCUUAAAAUACAUGAGCGAGUCCAUUCUGGGCAGAGACCAUUCACCUGUCCCGUGUGUGGUCAGGGGUUUGUUUAUUCGUCCCAUCUUGUGAGACACCAGCGUAGCCACACUGGAGAACGGCCAUUCAAAUGCUCUGUGUGUGGGAAGGGAUUUACUGACUCAUCCCACCUGCACAGACACCAAAGAGUUCAUGCCAGGGAGAGUCAGCUCACUUGCUCCUUGUGCAAUCAGAGAUUUACCCGGCCAUCCAGCCUGCUGAAACACAAGCAAAUUCAUGUGUUUGAGGCAGAGCUGGAUUCUGUUCUUGCUGCUGUGAAACAGAUUAAGGACUGAACCCUUUUCCUUUUGAAUGGUAGGUUAUUUCAGUUCUCAUCCAUUCAGUUACUCUAGCUCCCAGAAUGACUCUCCUAAUGUUGGUAUUGUGGCGUCUCAUUGGAAAUUGUCCUGCUAUUUCUGGAGUCAUCACAGAAGGUCUAAGUUCAUCAACAAGUACAAUGUUCCCAAUUAUUGUCUGAAAGACCCAGACUAGCAGAAAGCAUAGACCGGCCUUCUGUACUUAACAAGAUCACCCAUUUAUUUCAAAAUAGAUUCUAACCAUAAGUAAACAGCUAUAAUCUGUGAAUAUAUAAUCUACAAGUCAAAACUCUAAAAUGUCUUUCUAAAAAGCUCCUACACUUAAAGGCAAAGGAGAAAAAGCACACAGGCAGUUGACCCAUUAUCUGUGAAGUCUCUUUGUUACUUGCAUCAACUGAUAAGGGAAAAUUAUACUUACUUUAUUCAAGCUUUUAAGUGUUUUACUGGAAAGAAAGACAUACCACUUCUGCCAUAGGUCCAAAGUCUUCGGCCAGUAUCAUUCCCACCCACAAAAUGUUCAGCUUCCCAGGUUCGCAACUCCACAAAGCAAGAAUCUCUUGUCUCCCUGGAGCCAGCUCAUCUGCCAACAAUCUUUCUCACUGUUUAAAUCUGGUUCCAAUUUAAUUCCACUCAAUGUAUUGAACAGAGACGUGCAGGUUGUUGAUACUGUUAAGCUGCUAGUUUACUCCCAUAUUGCUCUAUGUUUUGUCUGUAGUAGGCAAUGUCUGAACUUUUGUCUCAUGGAACCUUCACUGUUCUGAAAUGUGAGUGGAUGUUAAUGAGGCUCGCAUCCUAUGUCUAGAGUUGUAGAAAUGCAAAGUAGUGAAAUUAUCCCAAAUUGUUUCAAAUCUUAUAUCUGACUUGGACUGCUUGAAGUUCUGGUGGUUAUAUUGUGGAAAAGGUACAGAGAACCACUCAAGUAUAUAGAGAAGAUUGAGAAGGAUGACCCUGGAAAUGUAUGCAUACACAGAUCAGGAAAGGAUUGAUUGAAGAGUUGGGUCACUUUUCUCUUAAGAAACGAAAGCUGAAGGGGUGAUCUAGAAUUAGAAUAAAGGUUUUGUCAAAGAGGGUGCAGGGAGAAUCCCUCCUGUUUUGAAGGAGAGUAUAAUGAGAGACCAUCGAUAUAAAAUGAUCACCAAGAAGUUCCAUGGAGAAUUAAGAAGAAACAUUUUGCUGCAGAGAGUGGAGAAUGUGAAGCUGACUACCACAGAGUAGUUAAAUAGUUUAGAUGUGUUUGAGGAGAAGCUGGAUAAGCACAAGAGGAGAAAAGAGAAUAGAAGUUACAAAUGGUAGAUUUAGAUGAGGAAAGAAGAGUGGAUCUUAUGCACUAUCGUGAACAGGUUGGACCAGAUAUAUCCUAUGUAACUGAGCUCUAAAUGCAAACAGUGUUACUUCUAUUUGUGUCUGGAAGCUGCAUGACAGUAAAUGGAAAAUGAACACCAAACUCAAUCAGGACUCUGUCCUUCCCACCCUACUGUCUGGAGCAGAGUCCUGCUAAAGGGCCACAUCAAAUCUCUGGAACACUUCCACCAAAGACAGCUGAGGACCAUCAUGAGAAUUUGAUGGCAAAAUUAUAAACAAUGAGGUUCUCCAUUGUGCUGGAUUCACUGCAUAGCCAAUUACAGCUUUCCCAAGCAGUCAUUCAAAAGGUAACAGACUUGGAGUAAAAUACAUCAGGGAGGUCAGUACAAACAAUAUAACUGUGCAGAGGUUUCCCUAGUACCACUUUCAACAACAUGAACUGUCAUCUCUGUGGAUGUUCGGGCUGAUUUCACAGAGAGCUCUUCAAUCGUGAGGGCACCUACAAAAGAUGACAAAAUCAUUUGGAUGAAUUCCAACAGUAAGGAAUCUACUCUCCUGUUCUCCAUGUUGGGUAACUAUCCUCUAUCUAUUAUUGCAGUGCUGUUAAUAAAAUCAUUAAAGUG